AUGGAUGAGAUUCAAAGCAAGUAUUUGAUCAGUAACUUCAAAGAAAGAGCAAACAAGCAAAAAGCCGUGAAGUUUGAAGAAAUUGAUUUAGACAUCUACAAACCAUCGUCUAAGUGUGCAGCCUUUGUGACAUCGGAGGAACGAAUUCUUCAUUGGAUCAGAACGUUCCAAUUCCGUUAUUAUGAAACACUCAAGGACAAUAACAGUUACUACAUUGAAUGGAUCGACCAUGAAAACUUUGACUCGUCAAACUUCCAGGAGAUCGAGAUAAAGAUUUACAAAAUCGACUUCGAACACACAGCAGAGCUACCCGACUUGUCACAACACCGAAAUGACACCAUCAGUGAUUCGCACCGUUCUCUAUUGAUCACAAUACAUCUCUACUUAACUACGGGAGUAAUUAUGUUCCAAGGUUAUGCUUUCAAAGUCUGGGCGGAUCAAGAAUUCCCUAUUUUAAAGAAUUUGACAGAAAUCGCCAUAUCAAAUCCCCUUUUGCAACACGAUCCCGAUACAAAGGAACAAAAUCCUCACGUGUCUCACGCUAAAGAUGUCGAAAUACCAGAGGAUAAAGCCCUUCUGCAAAACCUAGCGGCUGCAGUCAACACACUACCAAGCAAAAAAGGCAAAACAAAGUCCAAAAAGUCUAAUCCAAUGGCCGCAAAUCAGGACACAUAUCCUGAAAUUACAACCGCUCCAGACCCCGUGUUUACAACACCUUUAAUAAACCGGAAACGAAGAAAUUCUUUAGAUUCAAUGAGAAGUUUGUCCUCAAGAAAAAGUGCAACGGUAUCUGAAUUGAAAGCAGUCGUCAGUAACCUCGAAGUACAAAUUACCGAAAUUAACUCUGUCCUGAAAUCGCAGUCUCUAGAGACUCUUGUUGAAAAUAAAAUAUCUCAACUAAUGGAUAAAAUUACACAGGUCGAAAAAUCCUCAAAAGUACAAAUCCAAUCCUUAUCUUCACGUAUUACAGAUUUAGAAGAUGAAAACCAGACUCUCAAAUCAGAAAACGCUAAGCUCAAAAGCGAAAUUCAAAACGUCAAAGGAAAACUGAAAUCCUUUGAGCAAUCCUACAAUGAGAAAUUACACAACUCCAUCGCUGACAUGAUGACAGAACAUGGUUUGGGAAAGAAAGAUAAAGAUAAUAAUAAAGGAGACAAACGUUCCGAUCAAGAAAAAGAACAACAGUUAACUUUCCCUGAUGAUGUCAUAAUUUCCAACACCUUUGCUGCCCUUCAAGAAACCUCUUCCAAUCAGAGCACCAGCGAUUCGCCGCCUUCCCCAAAUGUGUCUGUCAAUGACCAUUCCCAGAUUUCUUCUGAUGAUAACAAUACAACCCCCUCUGAGGAAAACCCACCUGAGGGCGCUAUCAAUGAUGAUGUUGUUAUCCUAAUUGAUUCAAAUGGAAAAUAUAUCGACACUGCUAGGUUCAUUCCUGACAAAAAAACACGGCAAAUGUUUUGUCCAACACUCUCUUCAGUAACAAAAACACUUACUGAAUCCUUUCUUGGUCGGCCAAGUCAUCUUAUCAUACAUGUUGGAACAAACGAUAUCGAACGAUCUUCACUCGACUCCUGUCUUACUCAAUUCGAGACCAUGGUUGAAAUCGCCUCCCAAAAGUACCCGUCUUCUAAAGUGCUAAUCUCCUCCCUUCUCAAGCGUCGAGAUGCAACGGAUCAACGCAGAUCUGACUUAAAUUCCAAACUUGGCACGGUUUGCGCUCCAUACCCAAAUGUUCAUCUCGUGAACAACGAAAAUAUUCCAGAAGACUACCUGCACGAUAAUAAACAUCUCAAAAGGCGCAAAAUCGGUGCAUUGGUAACCAACCUGAAAGAUGUCAUAUUCAACAGAUUAAGACUUCCAAGAAAAAGCAUUGGAUCAACAGACAAACUGAUUCCCCCACUUAUGCGAUCCCCUCUUACGACCUUUCAGAAUUCUCGUGGCCUAGGACCUCUCAUGACCAAUGCAAAUCGUCUUCCCCACCAAGUCAACUACCCGUCACUUCCACCUAUUCACCAAUCCACUGCUCAAUCAGUAAUACCACAAUCAGUUCCACAACCACAACCAGUAACACAAUCAGUACCACAACCGUCUUAUGCUGAAAUGGCGAGGAUGCCCCCUCCAGAAACAACCACCCAAGCUGGAAUGAAACCCCAAUCAAUAAAUAUUAACACUGUUAUGGAACUCUUGAGACUUUAUGAAUCUACACGUCAUCAAUGA